AUGGUAACUGCAUCGAUCGCAAUCGCAGUCGCGAUAAUUGUAUAUGUUGGAUAUCGUUUGUAUCAACAUUUAUUUCCACCGCCGGAUGUUAGUCCCAAUGGUAAAUAUGUGCUAAUCAGUGGAUGUGAUACAGGUUUUGGUCAUGCGCUGGCGAUUGAACUUGACAAGCAAGGUUUUCACGUCUUAGCCGGUGUUUACAAUCCAGAUAAUGAAGAACAUGUCACUCAGCAACUGUCACCUCGUGCAACAGUAUUUUGUCUUGAUAUAACACAAGAUGAUGAAAUCGAAGCAGCAUAUCAGAUGGUUAAAUCGAAAACAAGUUCGCUCCAUGCAUUAGUUAAUAAUGCUGGUAUUGGAAAGGGUGGUCUUAUCGAUUGGACAAGUGUUGAUUUCAUGAGAAAGAUGAUGGAAGUGAAUUUUUUUGGUCAUGUCAAGAUGACAAAGAAAUUUUUACCGUUACUGAUAUCUCGACGUGGUUCGCGUGUCGUUAGUAUCUGUUCUGCUGCUGGUUUUCUUGCUGGACCUGGUAUGUCUGCUUACAGUGCGUCAAAGUUCGCACUCGAAGCAUUUUCGGAUUGUCUUCGUCGGGAAAUGUAUGCAUGGGGUCUUCACGUCUCAAUUAUCGAACCUGGUUACAUGCGAACGCCGAUCAUUGAAGGACAUGAGCAUCAUUGUCGUGAAUUAUGGGCAGAAGUUGAUAGUGAAACCAAAAGUCGAUGGGGUGAUGAAUUUUUCAAUAGUUUCGUUGAGUCUGUUCCGAAAAAUCCACUUAUUUUGAAUGCUGAAAAUCCCGCGAAAGUCAUCAAAUCGCUUCGUCAUGCAGUCACAAAUACUGUUCCACGUAUCCGAUAUCGACCUGGUUGGCAAGCUAAAUUACUCUUCUUUCCACUUUCAAUGCUUCCUGCUUGGUUAGCAGAUUGGUGUCUGAAGAAAUCAGUAAAAAUCAGUGUUUCGCCAGCAAGUCUGCUUGAACAACGAGAUUAA